GCCAUGUCAUCUACAGCUGGCCUGCAAGCAAAGCCCAUCAUCGGCGUCAUUGGAGGUUCUGGCUUGUACAAGCUGCAGGGCCUCAAGGUGGUCCAGCAGAUCGAAGUCAAGACGCCCUGGGGCAGUCCGUCGUCUCCGAUCACGAUCUCAGAAACGCCCUCGGGCGUGCCAAUCGCCUUUCUGGCUCGUCACGGCUUCACACACCACAUCACCCCCUCCGGCGUGCCCAACCUCGCCAACAUUGCUGCCCUCAAGUCCAUUGGCGUCCGCUUCAUUGUCGCCUUCACGGCCGUCGGAUCGCUCAAGGAAGAGGUCCGUCCGCGAGACUUUGUCGUCCCUGAUCAGCUCUUUGACCGUACCAAAGGGAUUCGCCGCUCGAGCUUCUUUGGAUACGAUGGCGAGGCGGGCGUGGUAGCUCACGCGGGAAUGGGGCAGCCUUACGAUCAAGAAGUCCGCAAGGUCGUCGAGGAGACCAUUCGCUCCGUCCUUUCGCGCAACUACCCGGAUGUUCAAGUGCAUGGCAACAAGACCCUCGUGGUAAUGGAAGGCCCACAGUUCUCAACCCGAGCUGAAUCCCUCGCAUACCGACAGCUCGGCGGCGACAUCAUCAACAUGUCUGCCCUCCCCGAAGCCAAAUUGGCACGCGAAGCCGAGAUUGGCUACGUGACUGUGGCUACCUCCACAGACUACGACUCGUGGAGGGAGCAUCACGGGCCAGUGGAUGUCUCCGAGGUGCUCAAGGUGCUAAAGCAGAAUGUCGAUGCAAGCAAUGAGGUGAGCCUCAGGCUGUUCGACGUUCUGCAGCCACUGCUGUUGGCGAGGGAGGGCAAGCCCGGAGGGAUCUCGGGACUGGAGGGGAGCAUGAAGAUGGCCAUUAUGACACAGCCACAGAAUGUGCCGGAGAAAGUGAAGGCGAACAUCAACUUCGUCCUGGACUGGUAUGGCAAGGAGUAGAGUCGUACUCUUAGAGAGCCGGAUUGCAUAGACAGGAGCUCGUGGAACCGUUUGCAGCUGUAGAUGUGGCUAUAGACGUGCCUCAGGUCUCAUACCAUCGAAUAGAAGUCGUGCACCAGGGUGAUCAGUGUGCGUUCGCGCGAUUACAUUCAGCUAGAGGCAACACGCCGGGCAACGGGCAAAUACAGUGUCUACGAUCCGAGACAGCCCAGUACGAUUAGAGCUUGGAGCCCGCCUUGAUCUCGCCGAUCUUGUACUCCUCGGCAACGUUCUUGAGCACCUUCUCCGAGUGGUAGUUCCAGAAUGCAUCAGAUGCGUCCUUGCCACAGUUCUGGUG